UUGACAAACAAAUUAAAUUAACUUUGUGUUUUGGAACUAAGAAUAACCAAGAAUUUAGUGGACAAAUAAGAUAAACACAAGUCAGAUGAAUUAAAUUAACAAGAAGACGUAGUGUUAUAGUAAAAAAGGACAUUUUUUAAAAAUGAUAAAUAAUCUGAAGCAAAGAUUAUCAACAGUUGACGAAAAGAUAAUAAUAGUGAAAUAAAAUAAGGAUCAAGACGAAAGAGAAGUGAUAAAAGGAAGAAAAAAAUUCCUGCAUAAAGACGACAGAAGGAAAAUUAAGACAAAACGACUAAUGUUAUAUGAAAUGAUGGGUCUUCAAGCAACAAUAAAAACGACAACAAAACGAAAAUAUGAGAUCGAGACGGAUUGUGAAGCAGAGAAGAAGGAAGCUUCACCACCAAAAAGCAUUAAAUUUUCAGAUCUAACGACAAAGGUUCUAUCACCAAUCAUAAAUAAUAGAAAUAAUGGAGUUAAUAAUAGCAAUGGAACGAUAGUUGUUAAAUCAAUAAAGUCAGACAUUAUACCACUUGAGAAUCAUCCGUGGCCUAAUGAGCCUAUUGUAGAUAGUAUAAGUAAAUUACAAGCAGUAACAGAAACAUGGAGUAAUAGUACACUUUCAACAAUUCCAUUCAAUUGUACAUCGAGUACGCUAACAUCACUAGCACAAACGGCUGAAAAUAUAACCCGCUCAACGCUAGCUACAACACUUCUAGAUGACGAUCUAUUGGACGAUGACGAAGAUGAUUUUCAGGAUGAUUUUGAUUUCGAUGACGAUGAGGAUGACGAUUUAUUACUAGAAGAUCAAACAAUUUUAUCAAAUCAAAGUCCAGCGAUUCGUUAUCCACCCCCAUCGCCAUUAAGACAAAAUUAUAUUCCUGCAUAUCCGAAACCGGGCUACACACCUGAAAAUUAUCAAAAUUGUUCUCGUACACCAACGACAGUAGUACAAUACAAUCAUUUACAACACCAACAACCGCAUUUAAGGCCAUCAUUUUUUCAUGGCACCAAUAAUGGUUCAAGUUGGAACUAUUACAAUCAACAUCAGCAUUAUGAUCCUAUCACACAUCAACAACAUCAACAACAACAACAACAACAGCAGCAGCAGCAACAACAGACACAAACGAUUCGUUGUGCUGAAAAUGGAAAAUCAUAUUUCGAACUGGGAAGUUCAAAUUACUGUGGUCCUAAUCGACUGUGUAUUGCAAAUAAUGGAAUUGGUAUGAUGAAGAAUUGUUGUGAGGGAAGGAAUAAUUUAUGGUGCACAACAAAGCAAUGUUAUAAGGAGAAACGAUUGAAAAUGAUGAACCUCUCAAUGUUCAAAUUAGCGAGAUUUAGACAGGCAUCUGAUCAAUCCCUAUAUCGAUCAGUAUUAAUAUGUAACACAUUAAAAUCAUUAGAAAAAGAGAUAGAGAUAGAGAAUCAAAUUUAUCACCAACGAAUGUCUCAGCAUCGACAUGCACUUCAGCAGAAUCAAUCAAGUAUUGAGUUUUUGCAGUCAUUUCCACCGUCUAGGCAACAACAAAACUUAUUACCAGAAUCUAAUAAGCAACAGCAGCAGCAACAAACUAAUAGUAAUAACAAUACUAAUCUUAACAAUGAAAGCAGUAUGAUAAAUUGUAAUACUAAUUCUAAUAAUAAUAAUAAUUUAAGUACAUGUAACGCCAGUUUUUCACAACCAUACAUAAAUAAUUGCAUAAUUAAUCGAAUCCCAUCAUUUAAUGAUCCGAUGCCAAUUUAUGAGCAUCAUCCUCUAAAAGACCCAUCUUCAGGACGUGCUACACCGUUUCCAUUACCAUCGCCAGUAAUCUCACAAUUGGCAUCAAAUAGUACAAAUGAUGCUGACUCUGCAUUUGGGGAUGUUGAUGAUGUCGAUAGUAGUAGCACACGUUCAAUUGAUUGGGGUUCUGUAUUGAGUCUCUCAUCUCAAUCUGCACUUGAUCCAUUAAGCAAUAAUGACAUUUUCACAUCCACAACACCAACGUCUCUAACACAAACGUCAAGUCAAACAUCUAAUACAAUAACAAACUUACAAGUAACUAUUUCAAAUAGUAAUAGUAACAAUUCCUCAACAUUAUUGAGCAAUAAUGGUAGCAUCACUUCUACCGUUCCUAGUUCGACAACUGGUCCUAUUUCUUCAACACUAAUUACCACUCUCACUACAGUCAGUUCAUGUUCUCUCGAAUCCCUUACAGCAUCAUCGAUAUCCGUUAGUCAGAGUGUCUCAAAUUCCAAUUGGGAUUUUCCAUACCUCGAAACUGACUCAUCGAGUAAUUCUGAUUAUUAUGAACUAAAUUGCUAUAAACUCUCAUCCGCCCUCAAUCAAAUGGAUGAUUUUGUCAAGUCUGAUCAAUUAAUGGCAACCCCUGUAAGUUCUGUAUCUCCUACAGCAAGCGAUCAAUUGGGAACUCACAUAAUGGUUGGCAGUUAAUUCUAAUUUUGUGAUUUAUAUUUG